GGAUGGAUGGAUGUAAUUACUAACCAAAUCGAAGAGGUGACUGUGAGUGAUGAAUGUUUGGGAAAUCUUUAUAUUUUGGGGAGAUUAAAAAGAGAGUAGUAGUAGAUAAAAGGAGACAAGAAAGGCAACAAAGUCAACAGGGGAGAGACAAGCCAAGCCAAGCCAAGCCAAAGCAAGAAGAGGGCUUUGGCAAACAUUCUCGCCUGCAUAUCAUACCACCAUAAAUACCACUCCCCUCCCAUUUUGAAUUCGUCUUCCAAUCUGCAAAGGUUGCUGUUUCUGGCCUUAAUUUGCAGGUGGAUGUUGGGUUGAGUUGUCCUGGGAAUAAUGGAUAAUCUGUGCUGUUUCAAUUCUGUUUAUUCGCAGAUUUCGGGAGGAAGCUCGUCGUGCAGCUCAGGCAAAGGAAGCAGCAGCCGGGGGCGCGCCAAGUAUGGAUACAGCUUGGUAAAGGGAAAGGCAAAUCAUCCCAUGGAGGAUUACCAUGUCGCGAAAUUUGCCGAGUCUCAAGGUCGUGAGCUCGGCUUAUUUGCUAUAUACGAUGGGCAUUUGGGAGACAAUGUACCGGCUUACUUGCAGAAGCACUUGUUUGCAAACAUACUAAAGGAGGACUUUUGGACCGACCCCGGAAGUUCUAUCAGCAAAGCUUAUGAAAGAACUGAUCAGGCUAUACUCUCUAACAGCUCCAACCUCGGAAGUGGUGGUUCGACUGCUGUCACCGCAAUUCUGAUAAAUGAUCGACAUCUUUGGGUGGCAAACGUUGGAGAUUCACGAGGAGUACUUUCCCAGCGAGGGAAGGCUGUGCAGAUGACUGUCGAUCACGAGCCCAACAGUGAGCGUGGCAGCAUUGAAGAUAGAGGUGGAUUCGUAUCGAACAUGCCAGGGGACGUUGCAAGAGUUAAUGGACAGUUGGCUGUUUCCCGAGCUUUCGGAGACAAGAACUUGAAAAUGCAAUUACGGUCCGACCCUGACAUCAGAUUCACUGAAGUAAAUUCUCAAACAGAACUUCUGAUUCUUGCCAGCGACGGCCUAUGGAAGGUAAUGUCGAAUCAAGAAGCUGUAGACAUUUCGAAGAAGAUUAAAGACCCUCAGAAGGCGGCAAAGCAGCUCGUGAUGGAAGCAUUAAAGAAAGGAAGUAAGGAUGACAUAUCGUGCAUUGUAGUCCGUUUCUAGAAAAUGAAAAAAGGGGAGUGCCUUUUUAUCGAUUUCUAGCUACGCCACAUACUAUUUAAACCUCAGAGAAAUCUUCUUGCCUUCGAAACAUGACAUAUUGGAUGCUCUUGCUUGUGUAAAAUUUCAUCUGCAGUUAGUAAUUUCCUGUCAUUAUUUCAUGUAGGAGAAAGCCUUUCUCUCUCUCUCUCUCUAGUUAUAUAUAUAUAUAUAUAUAUAUUAGGGGAUGCAACCAUUGUUCUAUGUAUGGAUGUGUUGGUGUGGUGAUGAAGACAGAACAUUAUCAUCUAUAUACAAAUUUAUUUUCAUCGA